UAUAUCGGAUGUCAAGACGACAGAGGUAAUGGGAGGAGCAGCAGGGAACCGAAAGCAGCUCGUAAGGAACGAAAAUCAAAACAAAACCUACUCAUCACUCGCUCCGCGCGUCCCAGACCCUGCCACCUGCUUACGACGUCCCGUUUCCUCGACACGGUAUCCAUUUUCCUCAACUACGCCACAACGAAACCAGCCACGACAAACAAACCACAAAUUUACUGUGACCGGCGUGACACGUUUGUUGUUCGGUUGGGGUGGUUCUGCCCCUCCCAUGCCUGCUGUGAUGGUUGCUGUCUGUUUCGAUAAUGAACUUUCUCAUCCAAAAUAGAACGGCAACGGACGGGCAAAAGCCACUGUAGUAGGACUACGUAAAAAGGAUGAACGAAACAGUUUGAGGACACGCUUCGAGGUCUAGUAACCGACGGGACGAUUCCGCCAGUUCCGUCACCGUGGGUAGUUCAACGUUGAAACGUGCUCCACAGUCCGAUUGCCAUCUGUAAGGACUGCUUGCAUAUUGUAUAUCGGAGUAUCAGGAUUGUUAGUGCGUGUGUGUCUGUGGUUUUUUGUGUGGAUUGUAAUAGAAGGACAACGGGUCCGGUGGUGGAAAUGUUUUCCCGCACGGGUCAGAUACUGAAGCGGUUAGUGGUACUGGACUUCGACCAUACGGUGUGCGAACACAACACGGAUAUCGUAGUGCGGGAUCUGCUCGGCCCCGAUGGUGUACCACCGGAUGUACGCAGUAUAUUGCGCUCCUGCGGCUGGAUACCGUACAUGCAGCGCGUGUUCCGGUUGCUGCAUCAGGCUGGCUUCCAACCGAUGGACAUCGGAUCAGCCAUUCGCGGCAUUCCGGAAGUGCCGGGUAUGAAGGCGUGCAUAACGAAUCUCGUGCGCCACGGGUUCCACGUGAUCAUCAUCAGCGACUCGAACUCGGAAUUCAUCCGGUUGUGGAAUGAUUUCAACGAUAUCGGCCGUUACAUCCACACCGUGUUCACCAACCCGGCCAAGUUCGAUCCGGUCAACGGACUGCUCGAGCUGCGCCCCUAUCACUACCAGACGGAAUGCUCGCUCAGCUCGAAAAACCUGUGCAAGGGCAAGAUCCUGGACGAGUUCCUGCGCCGGCAGCGCGAAGAACGGAACGUGGAGUACGAGAAGAUCUUCUACGCCGGGGACGGAAAGAACGAUGUGUGCCCAAUGCUGCGACUUGGCCGCAAUGGUUAUGCGUGUACGAGACGCGGUUUCGCCUGCUACGAUGCGCUGCAGGGUGCGAUCGGUAAGCUGAGCUACGAGUACACUGCCAAGGUGCUGCAAUGGACCGAUGGCCACGAGCUGAGUGAUCUCAUAUGGACUGAAAUGCAGGACUGA